AUGCAUCUUUACUCCAUCCUCUUUGCCACUCUUGCCUUGGCCCUUUCUGGCGCCGUUGCCCGCGGUGAGCAUAAGCAACAAGCCAUGACCGACUGCUUCAACAUCUGCGAAGAUUCAGCAAGCAACCUCUCAUGCCCCCCUGGCACUGAAGAAACCCAGCUUUCUAGCGGCUGUUGGACCUGCUGUGACACCGAGUAA